AUGUUGGCGACGGUUUUAUUCGUCCUGUGCUAUUUAGCAUUGGUUCAGGAGAUGAAGUGUGAACCAAAAAUAGUGUACAAAAUGAUGAAUAUUGAAUGUCACACUGAUCCAAAGUAUUCGACAAAUGCGUCUUGCCGUGUGAAGGCCAUCAAUUGGAACAAAGCUGUUGCCAAUAUGGAUGUGGAUCUCGUAAAACCAUUAAGAAAUAUAUCGUUACAUUUACAGGUCUUCAAAAAGGAUUUUACCAAUCAGUAUCAACCAUUUUUGAUCAAUGUGUAUAUGAACAUUUGCUCAAUAUUAUCGAGACAAAACUUUUUACCCUACGGAGUGAUUUUUCUUAAAGUAGCAAAAACAUUUUCAAAUUUCAAUCAUUCUUGUCCUUAUGAGGGUCAUUUAUUUGCUAGGGGCGUUUACUUGGAUGAGAAAUUUCUGCCAAAUAACUUUCCUUUGGGUUACUAUAAGGUAAACUUUACAAUUUUUGAGACCUAUCCCAAGAUCCUUGAUUAUGUGGGCGGAGUUGUUGGCUAUGUUAAUGCCAUGGAGCCCAUUAAAAUUAAAAAGAAAAACAAAUAA